CCCCCCCUUCCACCUUCAUACUCUUGAGAGUACUUUUACUUGUGGCAAAGUUCCAUCAUGUGCCUCAGCUUAUCGACCCAGAUCGUUGUGGGCAAGCAGGGUCCAAUCUUGGCUAGCGUCUGCCUCGUGAACUAUUCAGGAAGUGUCAUACUCGACGUCUUAGUUUUGUCAACGGAAGAAGUGAUCGACUACCUUACCGAGGGGACUGGAUUCUUGCCCUCUCAUUUUACUCCUUCUGGUCAAGGCAGAUAACCGCAUCGACGGCGGUCUGUUACUGAGUGCUCAAAUUGCAGCCGAUGUUUGGGAGUUCAGUGCCGUCCGGAAGCACGUUGAAGAGUGUAUCCGAGGACAUCGCCUCGUUGGAUACGAACUGUGGAUGUCUCUCCAGGCGCUGCGAUUAGUCCAUCCUGCGGCCGAGGCGAGAGACUUGGCUACCUACAGUCCAAUCCUACCGAUGUUGACUCCUGUGGACGACGGCUUACGUCUGUUAGCAGCUUAUCUCCUCGGACGAAGUAUACAUGACGGGUACGAGAAUGCGGUUGAAGAUGCCCAGACAAUGAUGUCCCUCUUUCAGGUAUUGGAAGAAGUAUGGGAAAGGACAAUUACGGCGAAUGUAUGGCCGAGUAUUUUGCCACCCGAAGAAUUCUCAGAGUGGUAUACAUAGUACAUGCACUGAAUCCCGGGUACCGUAUCCAGCUGAACGACCUCACCACCACCACCACCACCACCACUGGCCAUCUCUAGUUCUGUCUGGUAAUAACGGCUUUGAUGAAAUUUGUGGCCAACCUCCAAGUUUUUGCUGUAAUUUAUAUUUGUUUCCUUCCCAAGCCCGGUAUAUAAUUGACAGGAUGCGGCGCAGCUGC